CAUUGUUGCAAUCUCUCUAUAACUGCUUUACAUAAAAAAGGGUUCGGAAUUUCUCUCUGAUCUCCUGCCUUUGAAAAAUCCUGACUUGAAACUCUUGUCUUGGCCACAUGUUGAUAUUUGGUAAAAUGGCACCAACAUCACUGACUGCACGUUUCCAACAAUCUGUCACUCCUGCUUCUCUUAGAGCCUAUCUUGCAGAGUUCAUCUCCACUUUCUUUUAUGUGUUUGCAGUUGUAGGAUCUGCCAUGGCUUCAAGGAAAUUAUUGCCAGAUGCAGCAGCAGAUCCAUCCAGCCUAGUGAUAGUCGCUAUUGCGAAUGCUUUUGCACUUUCCUCGGCGGUGUACAUUGCUGCAAAUGCCUCUGGAGGACAUGUAAAUCCUGCUGUCACAUUUGGCAUGGCUGUUGGAGGCCACAUUAAUGUGCCCACUGCUCUAUUCUACUGGAUUUCUCAGUUGUUGGCCUCUGUUAUGGCUAGCAUUUUCCUGAAAGUGACCACUGUAGGACAGCAUGUUCCAACCUACACAAUUGCAGAGGAAAUGACAGGAUUCGGAGCAUCCCUGCUAGAAGGUGUGAUGACAUUUGGUUUGGUGUACACUGUUUAUGCUGCUGGAGACCCUAGACGUAGUUCAUUGGGUGCCAUUGGACCUUUGGCAGUAGGUCUCAUGGCAGGAGCCAAUGUCUUGGCUGCUGGACCCUUCUCUGGUGGCUCGAUGAAUCCAGCAUGUGCAUUUGGGUCUGCAGUUAUUGCCGGAAAGUUCAAAAACCAGGCUGUUUAUUGGGUGGGACCCUUGAUCGGAGCCUCAGUUGCCGGGCUUCUCUAUGACAAUGUUGUGUUCCCUACGCAAGCUCCUGAUUCUGUCAGGAGGGGGGUUUCAGAAGGUGUUGGAGUUUAAUUGCGGUUUGCUGUGAUUGAAACUUCGCUAUAUAUUUUCUUAUUAUUUCCUGCUUUUUUGGUCUUAUUUUUAAUCUUAGUGAUAACAAUGUUCCUAUUUAUUUAACUUCUAAUCGUUAAUUCACCAUUUAUUA